AUGGAUGAGAGCACAACCGGGAGUGACAAGCAGUUCAACCUGACCUACCCAUCAUCGGUUGUUCCGGCAAAUUUUUAUGCGAUUUCAGUGCCUGAGGUUCACCAAAGGGCAGGAGUACCCUUGCCCAGCUCGGACCUACCUUCUGGACGCUGGGACCUUCCCCCAUCAGAGCCAUGGAUGACACCAACAACAGAUACACAGUUUCUGGGCCGGUCUCGGCUACACCGAGUGGACAGUGAGCGGCCUCCGGGCAUCACACAGCAUAAUGAGGUUCUAGGCCACAGCCAGUUCUACGACAUUCCUAACCCAAGUUUCUUGCCGAGUACUGGGUCAAUUCAAAGUGUAGACUUCGAUCCAGGCGAUUCCCCGUGGUUGUCCGCGAAUACCUAUUCAACAUCAGCACAGGAUAAUGUAGCUUUCACGGAGACACAUUACCACUCAGGCCCGGGUGGCGACGUCAACCAUUCAACCACCGCGCUCAGGCCAUUACGCAGCCAGCGUGCCCUGCCGAUGACAAGGAACCCUCUUAGCGACUCCGACCUGGGCGACAGCCAGAUGUCGUCUGAAGUUAUACGGCCUCGCCGCAGUGAUCCGCUGAAGCAGAAGGCUCGGGCAGGAGAACUUGGAGCAAGUAUUGUCGAUGUGCGGAAUAAUCGACCCGGUACGCUGUGGGAACAACUCAAGCAGGAUCUAGAGUCCAUCAAGAUCUUUGGCAACGAUCUUCAUCAACUGGUCGACAUUGUCAGCGCGUACCAACAGAGACAAACGAGGCCUGUAUGCCGCCUCUUCUCAGACGUCUCUCCUCCUCCUCCUCCUCCUCCUCCUCCUCCUCCGCCCCCCCUCUCCUUUCUGAGAUUAUCAGUCAGCACUCCUACUGACAUGGCCCCCCCACAACAGAAUGAGUGCCUACAAGUAAGUGGAUUCUUGGUCAUAGCGACAUGCCACCUCUAUCGAUGUUUCAUCAAGUGUGACGACGACCCUGGCCAUCCAGAACCCGCCCCCCCGGCGCAAACGAUAGCUGGCAUCGUUUCCGCAUUGCGGAGGCGUCUCAACCGCGCAUUUUCCCUCCUGUCGAGCUUAUGCCUGUCGACCAGAAGGGCAGACUGGUUCCCCGCGACACUGGGUGCCAGCCUGGCGACCUGUGCCGCAAUCAUCUUCGUCGACGCCAUGAUGGCCGUUCCGUCGCCGGUCCGAGAACUCGUCUGGGGGAACUCCCAUUCGAAACGACUGUGGAUGAGGGAGUGCAGCUACGGGAUGUUGGUCGAUCUGCUGCGAGCGAGCACGAGAGGCAUCAACCCCAUGAAGCUACAAUUCUCCGCGGACAAUGGCGGAACCGCCAAAAGCGAGGACAUGAGCGGGGUUGGCGUCCUUUUGGGAGACAUCGACUCGGCCGAGCUCGAUGGUAUACAAAAAUUGAAGGACUGGAAGUCGCAACACCAGGGCGCCAUGAACCAGGCUGGGGAGAUGUUCAACCUAUAUCUAUACCAGCAGGCAAGGGUCAGGACUAUCGGUUCUUUAUGCUUGAUAUAUGAGUGGUGA